CCGACCCCUACCGUCUCCUCCGUCACACAAAAUUCAAACUAAAAAAAAUUUCAAAGAGAAAGCUGUUGUAAAGAGGAAUAUUCGGAAGCGAACGAGAGAGAAAAUGGCGCUCAAUUUCACUCACCAGAUCGGAGCUCUCGCCGGAAACCCGAUCAUUGCGGGAGACACGACAUCAGCGGCGGGAGAUUCGUCGUUGUCGGUUUCGCCGCCAUCGGCGUGGAAACCAAUGGGAAUGAAUAUACAGUGUAAGAUUCAGGGACCUGAGGCAAAUCGGAGUGUGUCGCCGCCAGUGAGUCCGAUCUCGACGCCGGUGCUCGGAGCGUCGCGGCCAGAUCUGUCCGUGGCGUGCAGAGCUUCAGCUGUUGCGGCUGCGGCUGCGGUGGAGACGGCGGAGGAGCAGAGGAUGUACAGGGAAGGAGGGAUUGGGGGAAGGAAAGAGAAUGGAGGAGUGCCGGUGUUCGUGAUGAUGCCGUUGGAUAGCGUAACGAUGGGGAACACGGUGAAUCGGAAGAAGGCGAUGAAGGCGAGUUUGCAGGCGUUGAAGAGCGCGGGUGUGGAGGGAAUCAUGAUCGAUGUGUGGUGGGGUUUGGUGGAGAGGGAAUCGCCGGGGGUUUACAACUGGGGCGGGUACAACGAGCUGCUGGAGAUGGCGCAGAAGCUCGGCCUCAAGGUUCAGGCCGUCAUGUCCUUUCACCAGUGCGGUGGCAACGUCGGUGACUCCUGCACUAUUCCUUUGCCCAAGUGGGUUGUGGAAGAGAUCGAGAAGGAUCAAGACCUUGCAUACACUGAUCAGUGGGGAAGAAGGAACUAUGAGUACAUAUCACUUGGCUGUGACACUAUUCCCGUUCUCAAGGGCCGCACGCCUGUGCAAUGCUAUGCCGAUUUCAUGCGUGCCUUCAGAGACAACUUCAAGCAUCUCCUCGGAGACACCAUUGUGGAAAUUCAAGUGGGAAUGGGUCCUGCAGGAGAGCUGCGUUACCCUUCGUACCCCGAGCAGAACGGGACAUGGAAGUUUCCGGGAAUUGGAGCCUUCCAGUGCUAUGACAAAUAUAUGAUUAGCAGCUUGAAAGCUGCGGCCGAAGCAGCUGGGAAACCCGAGUGGGGAAGCACCGGCCCGACUGAUGCUGGUCAUUACAACAACUGGCCCGAAGACACACAAUUCUUCAGGAAAGAAGGCGGUGGCUGGAACACAGAAUACGGAGAGUUCUUCCUCUCCUGGUACUCCCAAAUGCUCCUGGACCACGGCGAGAGGAUUCUAUCCUCUGCCAAAUCCGUAUUCGAGAACACGUCCACCAAAAUCUCCGUGAAAAUCGCCGGGAUCCACUGGCACUAUGGGUCUCGAUCUCACGCCCCCGAGCUCACGGCCGGAUACUACAACACGAGGUUCAGAGACGGGUACAUCCCCAUCGCCCAGAUGUUAGCAAGGCACGGAGCUGUGUUCAACUUCACUUGUAUCGAGAUGCGAGAUCACGAGCAGCCUCAGGACGCGCUCUGUGCACCCGAGAAGCUCGUGAAACAAGUCGCUAUGGCCACCCGAGAAGCGGAAGUAGCGUUAGCCGGGGAAAAUGCCUUGCCAAGGUACGAUGAGUAUGCGCACGAGCAGAUCCUAAAGGCCUCAGCUCUGAGCUUGGAUGGGGACAAGAAUGGCGGAAACAAAGAGAUGUGCGCAUUCACGUACCUGAGGAUGAACCCUGACUCGACAUUUCUUCUUCAUAUUCAUAAAAAAGGAGGAGUCAUCACCUUCCUCCAGAAACCUGUCGAUGUUCAGAAACACAAAGAGGCAGAGCGUUGCUGGGAAGAGGUGGAGAGAGAAGCCGAGCAUUUCGUGCACGUCACGCAACCUUUAGUUCAGGAGGCCGCUGUUGCUCUUAUGCACUGAGAUUAGUGAUUAGGGUUUUCUAAAUUGACAAAUAUGAAAUGAUUGGUACAUGCCCAAAAGAUGAUGGUAGGAUCUGCAGGCUCAAUGUAUGUAUAAGUAUAUACUAAAGAAAUGAAAUCGUAUGUGUAAUGAUAUGUUAUAGCUCUGACUGUUUUUGUGGUCAGGCUUUGGACCUUUACUCUUCUAUGGGAAUUGAUUUUCAUCAUCA